GUUGAGUGUACCGCUGGUUAUGACGGAGGACUCAAUCAGACCUUUCAUUUGGAUAUCUUUGACGACUCGGAGCGCAAGAGAUUACUGACUCAGUUGACCAAUAAAUUGAAGCCAAUAUUCGCAGUGCAGGGCCUGGAGUCGGGCCAUAUAUUUCAUUUAAGCGUGUAUUCAGCCAACUCUAAGGGCAAAAGUGUCGCAAAGACAAUAACCAGCAAUACAUUGACUUUAUCUUCAUUAUCAAGCGAUGCCAAACAAGAGUCGGUGCCGUUUCUCAUGGAUUUGAAUCCCUUGUUUGGGGCAGUGGUCGGCCUCUUGACCGCCAGUAUAUUAGUGACGGUUAUAAUUGUGUUAAUCUGUAAAAUCAAUCGCAGAAAUCGUAAUAGAGAUCAACGCAAAGACUCCGCCAAUAGAUCCAAAUGUAACAGCAAUUCCGUCAAAGACAAGGGUUUACACGAAUUCCCUGAUACUAAAAGUCCCGAUAUUAUACCACCGAGUAUUGAGUUCACAGGUGAUUUAUGCCCGUUCAUUCAUUUAUUAUUAUUUAUGGUGUAAAU